ACGUUGUACAGCGUGAAAGCGGAGAUCUUGCCUCCUGCUGGUGAGCAGCACUGUCGCUCCGGUCUCCUCUGCGGCCUCGAGGUUUUUAUAACACGACUGACUGAACCUGCAGAGGGAGAGAUGGCAGAGGAGAGCAAGACCGACACCGAUGGCCUCAAAACCACCAAACUCAUGUAUGAAGUGGCUGACAGCAGCAGUAACUGGGCGGUGUGCGGGAAGAGUUCAGGGAUGGUGUCGAUGCCCAUGGCGGCCGGAGCGACCCACAAGGUUCAGAUCGAGGUGAUGCCUCUGUUCGCGGGACACCUGCCGUUCCCCAAGAUCAAAGUGCUGAAGUACCUGCCUCACACGGCGGCGGUGGCCAUUCAGCCAGACCCUGACAGCUGCGUGGAGAACGACAGUCUGUCCCUGCUGGACAAGACGCUGGACGACCAGGGGGACACGGCGAGCAUUCGCAGCCGGGGCAGCGUGCACUCUGUGGGCAGCGGCGACCAGCAGCAGAAGGGCGUGGCCAUGCCGCGCCUGGAGCCCUUCAGCCCCGGACAAGUGUUCAACCACACCCACACGCGGCAGGUGCUGGUGCUUCCCACCACCGACGACCACAUCAUGGAGGUCAACGCUACAUGACCCUGGUGGCAAGAGCGCCCGCCCCCUUCUUACAGAACUGAACCCCGGCCCUGGACGGACUCUGCGGAGCUUUUGCUCUGGGGCAGACCGGGUCCAUGAGUCCAUGUCGCAGACCGCUGCAGGCUGCCGGCAUGGACUCACUCCUACGCAUGAAACAUUCACAUCACUGGAGACAUUACGGACUCGACGCAGUGAAGAGCCGAUGACAUCUGCUGAUUCAAUUUAAAUAAAGAUUUUUCUUUGCCAUACUUUGUACAUAGCUCAUUGGAUGGAUUUAUAGUUAUAAAUAUAUAAAUAUAUAUAUGGACUGAUCGAUCCGAUCGGCGCCUGUCGUGCUCCUUCGAACUGAAGAAUUACGGUCCUGAUUGUCCCAUGAUGCACCAAAGCCCUAGAUGUGUGUACGCCUCGAUCAGCUACUCAAGUACUGUAACUCUGACUGAGUGUGUCCAGCUGUACGUUCCUGUGACUCUCGAGCCGUCGUCACUUUUACGUUUGAGACUUUUGGCUUUUAGGAUCACAUUCAAGACGUUCGAAUCCGGCAGGUUCCCAAUCUUUCAUUUAUCUUUGGAGACGAAUCCAUCGUCCGUCACAGUCUCUUUUCGGCCUGUCACCAUAGCGACUGUUGUCGGGCAAUAUAUUGUCUCAGAAAUAAUCACUAUAAACAAUAUUAUUGUCAUUUUACAGUUCUGGUGAUCCCUGGAUUUAUUGGCAUCUAGCAUUGCACGACCAAACCUUCCCUGAGCCGGAUACGAAAACACGAAUGGCUCUAUCUCGAGUCAGUGUUUGGUUUGUCCAUCC